CUUUUGUAUUUUUAUUUUUAUUUUUUUUUUUUUGUCUACUCCGUCCUCCACGGCGACUCCGGCAGUCUUCUUCCCAUAAGAAAGAAAACCAAAAUACAGAGCAAAUGCCAGAUGAUAAAUGAAUGCAGAAUCUCUCUCUUCUGUCUGCUCUUGAUCUGUCUUGUGUUCUCGGAUAUGCGUCUUUCUCUUGUUCAUGCAGUCUGUCACCGCCGCCCUGGGAAAGGGGAAUGUGAUAUUGACGGAUGUACUCCGACGUGUUGGAGUUAUGUUUUCAAUCCUGUGUAUAAUCAUUACCUACCAGUAUUAGUAGUGGAAUUUAUUAUUAUUAUUUUGGCUACGGCGGAGAAAAGACUUGGUCUGCCUGCUUGUUACUCUUGCUGCUGCUGCUGCUGCUGCUGCUGCUGCUGUUGCUGCUCUUGCUGUUGCUGCCGCUUCUCUUCCUCCUCUUCCCAGUUCGACUCUCUCUCUUAUCCCCGGUCAAGGAAAAAAAAAAUAGAAUCGAAUCCACGUCUUCUGCUCGCUUCCUUUCCCUCUGCCCCCCCUCUCUCUCUGCCUCUCUUCCCUUUUCCCUCUUGCUCACUUGCUCACGCUCAGUCUCCGUUUCUCGGUCUUGAGACUCUCUUCUUUUCUCCCCGUUCCCCCCAUCAAGCCUUUCUACCCCCCCCUCCCCCUCCCCCGGUCCUCCUCUCUCUCUCUCUCUCUCUCUCUCUUUUCUUGGAUUGGGACGAUUGCAUUUCUCCUCUGCUACCCGACCUUUUCCUUCCCUUUCCCUUCUCUCCCUCCCCCCAUCCUCCAUCCUUAAUUCCCUCAAUCCACCCACUUCUCUCUCCCUCGUCCUCCCACUCCUCCCCUCCCCGCCUUCUCCAACCCUUUUCAUCUCCCUCACGCCAGACCCUAAUUUGUGUCUGUCGUGUCUGAAGGGUGAGAAGCUGUUCUCGGUCACUGCUUGCCCAUUCUGCCUCGUUCACUCGUGGUAGAUACUAUAGAGAGUGCAAUCACUCCUUUUCCUGUGAGUCGCCAACCCUCCUCUCCCCUUGCCUGACACUCCCGAAGCACAAUGUCUUGUCUUUUCCUUUUUUUGUGUCCGCCUUCCGUCCACCGG